CAGAACGCUAUAUCAAUGGAAUCAACUCAUUCAUACAUCAGCUGUUGAAUGUAUAAACAUAAAAAAUGAAGCUGCCCCCCUACCGAAAUGGAUUAAUUUACUACCCGUACGGAACUCAGAAGAGUUCAGCGGUGGUCUUCAACAAUGACCUGGUCCUUACGACUGGCUUAACAUUACUUCAAGUGCCAAAUAAUGAAGCCAAUUUGGGAAGCCUUCCUCAGAACGAGCUAAUUUGUGUGGAGAAUCGUCCAGAGUUUCAAAAGCCAUCAUUCAAACUAAUUCUGGAAAAUGGCAAAGAUAAACUCACAGAACAGGGGGUGCAAAUUGCAUUUGUUUUAAGAUCGUCAAACGUAGAAUCUUUCGUGAAACAGAACUUCUCUGGCUUAAAGUUUUUGGUGGACGGAGAUUAUCGUUUGAUCUCCGAAUACAGCCAACAUUAUGCUACGUUUUUAUUCUUAAAACCUAGCUAUCGAAAUUUGAAACUGCCAGAUGUCAAAGAAUCAUUUCAAAGCAUUGUGAAUAACACAAUCAAUCAAAUCACAACUCUAGAUGAAAUUGUAUGCAUUAGUGCACCAUUUGGAAGUGAAAACUUCAUCAAUAGUGUCAGCUACGGCCAUGUAGCGAAUACAUUCGGCACUGAUAACUGCUUGAUGCUGUUGAAUUUGGUUACAACAUUUGGCUGUGAUGGCGCUGGAGUUUACGAUCAGGGAUUAAACCUUCGGGGACUUCUUCUUGGAUCAACGUUUGCCCACCAAAACGAUAACGUUUCUUUUUCGUUAGCAAUCAACGUAAACGAAAUUUUGAAAGUUUUGUUCACGGAUCAUUGCUUGAAAAGUCUUCCAAAAAGAAUACAAACUGACGUAGCAAAGUCAGUUUGCAUGAUCGAUUCUAUGGGCUGCUGGGGAACUGGAUGUCUAUUCCAAAUGAAAAAUCGUCAAUUCGUCUUGACUUGCUCGCAUGUUUUGAGCAGUAACAACAUAGUUUGUCACGUCAAAGACGAAGAACUAGAACUGAAACUUCUCUACAAAAAUCCAAUCUUCGAUUCUGCCUACGAUCUUGCUCUCCUGGAAGUUUCCAACAAAUCCAAACCAAACAAAGCUAACUUCUGCCAACUGGCAAAUUACCAACCAAAAAUCGGCCAACCAGUGUACUCGGUCGGAUUCCCCCUAUUCAAGUCGUUCGGCUGGAGUGAUAACUUUCGGCCCACAAUCUACCGCGGACGCGUUACGAAACAUUCCGUAGGGAUCCUCUUCACGGAUUGUCCUGUGCAGGCUGGCCAAAGUGGCGGUCCCUUGUUUGAUGACCGAGGCGACCUGCUGGCGGUGAUGGUUUCCAACUUUAAAAGUGCGCUGGACGAUCGGAUCUAUCCGUGGCACAACAUGUGCGUUCCGGUGUGGGAUUUGCACCGAGUAUUGGAGGAAUAUUGUGAAACUAAUGAUUUGAAAAGGCUGACAAAACUACAAGCUAGUAACGAAAUUGUAAAUAAAUGGAAAAUACGCAGGCCUAAAAUAACAAGUAGAUUAUAGAAAUGAUAUUUUUAAGAUAGCGGUGCUGAUAUU